UUCACAUCGAGUGAGUAAGAAACGAAUAGUCAUUGGAUUAUAUUCAGGUAACCAAUGAAAGACAUGGUUAGAAAAUACAGCGCCAGCUUCGAAACAGGUAAAUGUUUGCGAUCAAAAUCCACUAGAAGAAUAUAAAUAAUGCCUGGAACAGAGGAAGCCAGGAGUAUUGUCAGUGAGUUAAUCACUGUAUUGAACCAAGAUGAGGAGCUGACAAAACUACAGGCUGCUGGAGAAAUUGUAGACAAGAUCAACCAGCUAAGAAGAGCCCAGGAGGAAGCAAUUAGGAAUGAUAUUCAUGCAUUAUCAACCAUGAUUGAUGAGGAGGAAUCCCUAGUUGCAGGCAGCCAGUCUGAUGAAGCUUUAGACAAAGGGAUGGGGGAAUUAGCAGCACAGAUGGAACAGGCACAGCAACACAAAUCACACGUGGCCCAGGAGCUGGCGACCACAAAGGGGAACAUAGAACAGAUGAAAAGUCUGAAGGAAGAUGUGGAGGCAAAGAAAGAACAAGUGAAGCAUAAAACAACAGAGGCCCUGCCAAAACUGAGGCAUGAUGUCAAUUUGUACCACAGUAUCAGCAAUAUACGGUGGCAGUAUGACUGUGAGCCAGAUGAAAUCAAGGGAUAUUUAUGCAACAAACAUGACGUGAAGCCCUUUUCUAUGAACAGCAAGCAGAAUUCACAGUUCUUCAUUGUCAAUUACUUAUGGGACUUGAUGGAAACCGACUGGUAGUUUUGUUUGACAAACAUGCUAAAUAGGGACUUGGAGCAAUGGGUUGCAGAAUGGGAAUUGACAGUGUGUACAAUCUGUAAAUGUACAUUUUAAAAAUAUUGUAUUAUUUGCUGCAGAGGACUUAAUUGAAAUCAUGUGAGCUUUUUUUUUUUCUUCCAUGGCCCUUCAGGUAUGUGUAUUGUUUGAUUAUGGAUGUGAAGUCUCAGAGCAGAGCAAAAAUGAUUGGCAGGCACAUAAAAGAGUUUUUGUAAGACCAGAUUGUGUGUUGUUAAAAUUUUUAGAAGAAACAUUAAUAAACUGGUAUUCUGAAAUUGACAACAUCCACACUGAAAACAUUUUCUUAAUUUUUAAAUAAAACAAAUAUUAGAACCCUCA